CCUAAAUGAAUAGUAUAACUGUAUAAGGUUUGGUUGAAUUAGAAGUUCAAACUAAAUUAUUUAUUUCAUUUUCUGUAGAACUGAAUUGGGACCGAUAACAUCUGCCUUAUCACCAUGCUUAUCCAUAUCAUUGAUGUGGGUCCAUUAACUGGUAGUAGUAUUUAAUGUAAAAAUAUUGUAUAUUAGUAUGAUUAAAGUUAGCACUUACUGAUUCAUACAGAUCCAAAUCAUCUGCAUGUUACGAGUUCUCUGUAUUUAGCAAUGCAUCCAUUUUACUUAGCAUCAAUAAACUUUGAUGCAUGCAUCCUUACAACAGUAGCUAUGUAUAUUUUCUUCGUUUCAUAAUGAAAUCUAUUGAUGGUGCGUAAUAAGCCUAAUAUUAUCUCUGAUGUAAUAUUGUUUUACCUUAUGUUAAGAUUUCUAAAAAUUUUGUUAAAAAAACUCUACCUUGUAAAGAAAAAUAAAAGCAGCACAUUCUCCCCCGUUAUUCUGAGCAGACACAAAUGCAAACAAAAAAAAGCAUAUCCAUCCAAAUAUCGUAAUCCAUUUCAUUUCCCUAAGAAAUUAAUUUAUUUCUGCAGUUUCCUCAAAUUCUCAUGGUCUCGGUUUGUCGCCUCGCCGCUUCUCCACCUCCCGUCUCGUCUGCAACUGCAACUCCACCUCGGCCGUCGGCCUUCUCAUCCUCGUCACCACCGGCCACGGCCGGCCUCCACCACCGCCUGCCCACCGCUCGCUACUCUUGUCUCCCCUCCCCCCAAGUGGAAGAAGAAUCGGGCUGUUGCUCACUCAGAGCUCUCUCAGUGAGGCGGGCCUCACUAGUCACUAGCCUUGCUGUUAUGCCUUCCCCGCCGCUCGCCAGAGUCCACCGCCACCGGACAGGAAGCACCACCUAGUUCCUGACCCUGAUGCCCAUGGCACCGGACCACCCCUUCGAUGCCUUCGUCGCCGCAGCCCGUGGCGCCGUAGCCCACCUUCACCUCCCCGUCAUCCACAUCCCUGGAUCCAAUUCCAGUCCCCAUCCCAACUCCAAGCAGCACAAGGGACUCGAGGUCGACUGCCUGCUCCACCUCCACGUCCUCGUCACCAACUUCCUCCACAAGCCCCUCAAGUCAUUCGCCAGGUGCUUCAGGCCCAAGCGACGGGCAGACACACACUCCCCGCCGCUCCACCAGGAGCCCAGCAAUGGCACCACCCCGCAAAAGCAACUGGAGUUCCUGCUCUGCAUUGCGUUCGACGCCUUCGCCCACAACCUCCACGCGCUGGAUGACGCCUGCAAGCACAAAGGCGAGGAAUUUGCUGCCGCUACCCGACAGUUGGAGCAAUUUGUGGUUCUCAGGAAGGUAAUCGAUGGGAAGAGGGCCGAUUUCGAUGGGUUCCUUUCCAAUCUGGGCUUUGCAAAGGUUGGGGCACCGCCACCGCCAGCAAGCAUCGUGGGUGGUGCGUCCCCUGUCCCAGCAUCAGCACCAGUCAGCAAUCAGGAGGAUGGUGCCGUGAUUGGAAACGGCGAGGGGGUGGACAGUGCUAGUGGUACACAACAGCAGGCACAGAAAUUGCCUGCCCGGUUGCUUAACAUUCCUUUGUCGAAUGUGGAGCGUCUGCGGUCUACGCUUUCUGCAGUUUCACUGACGGAGCUCAUUGAAUUAGUCCCGCUGCUGGUGAGCAGAUCAUCGACAUCGGCAGAUGCACAUCCUGACAAGAAGAAGCUUUUCUCAGUGCAAGAUUUCUUCAGAUAUGCAGAAAUUGAAGGAAAGCGAUUCUUUGAAGAGUUGGACAGAGAUGGUGAUGGCCAAGUCACUCUAGAAGAUCUCGAAAUUGCAACGAGGAAGAGGCGGUUACCAAGGAGGUAUGCUCGAGAAUUGUUCCGCCGUACAAGAAGCAACUUCUUUUCGAAAUCAAUUGGGUGGAAGCAAUUUUUAUCCUUGAUGGAACAGAAGGAAGCAACCAUUCUCCGAGCGUAUACCACGUUGUGUUUGAGCAAGUCUGGAACACUUCACAAAAGUCAAAUUUUGACUUCUUUGAAAGGUGCUGGACUUCCAGCCAAUGAAGAUAAUGCCGCUGCCAUGCUACGUUAUCUAAAUGCUGAUUCAGAAGGAUCAAUCUCAUAUGGCCAUUUCCGCAACUUCAUGCUUCUACUUCCUUCGGAACGUCUUGAGGAUGAUCCUCGGAACAUUUGGUUUGAAGCAGCCACCGUUGUUGCUGUCCCCCCACCUAUAGAAAUAUCUGCAGGAAGUGUUUUGAAGUCUGCUUUAGCUGGAGGUCUUGCAAGUGCGCUUUCUACCUCUCUGCUGCAUCCUAUUGAUUCAAUGAAGACACGUGUCCAAGCAUCUACACUCUCAUUUCCUGAGCUCAUUUCAAAGCUUCCACAAAUUGGGCUUCGAGGAUUGUAUCGAGGUUCUAUCCCAGCAAUUCUCGGCCAGUUUUCAAGCCAUGGUUUGAGGACAGGAAUCUUUGAAGCAAGCAAGCUUGUAUUAAUUAAUGUAGCUCCAACACUUCCAGAGAUUCAGGUGCAAUCAAUUGCAUCCUUCUGCAGCACAGUCCUAGGGACUGCAGUCCGGAUCCCUUGUGAGGUUCUUAAGCAACGUUUGCAGGCUGGAAUAUUCAACAAUGUAGGGGAGGCGAUUGUUGGCACCAUGCGACAAGAUGGCCCAAAGGGUUUUUUUCGCGGCACUGGGGCCACACUGUGUCGCGAGGUUCCUUUCUAUGUUGCUGGAAUGUGCCUCUAUGCAGAAGCUAAGAAGGCAGCACAGCAUGUUUUGAGGAGAGACUUGGAAGCAUGGGAAAUAGUGGCAGUUGGAGCAUUGUCUGGAGGACUUGCGGCAAUAGUAACCACUCCCUUUGACGUGAUGAAGACUAGGAUGAUGACUGCCCCUCCAGGCACACCAGUGUCUAUGCAGAUGAUAAUCUUCUCCAUCCUUCGAAAUGAGGGUCCACUUGGACUCUUUAAGGGCGCGAUCCCCCGCUUCUUCUGGAUCGCUCCUCUUGGAGCAAUGAAUUUUGCAGGCUAUGAGCUUGCCAAGAAGGCGAUGAUCAAAGAUGAGAACAGUUCCAGUGAGUCAACAAAAGAGAACUUGCCAAGAAAUCAGUGAUCAAGGAUGAGUGUGAAUCUAGGGCGUCAAUACAGGACAAGAAAACCAUGAUGGAUACCACAGGAUAAUCUAACGUUUACCUGGUUAACAUCUAUGGUGCAAAGAAAUUGAAACCAUGGAACAGUUUUUUUUUGUGUGUGUGUUCAUGUAGCAGAGAAGCAACAGAACAUCUGCCUUUUUUGAUACUUGAAUCUAAUUUUGGGUUGCCGCGUCUUUUUGCCCCUCUAGGAAUUCCAUUCCCAUAGGCCUUGAGAUGGUUGUAUAGUAUACAGUACAUGAGAGAGACAGAUGCACAUGCUGGAGCUGUUGCUCUUUUGUUUGUUAUUUGACGAUGAUCCAUAGCCUUCCUGGUUAAACAUGAUGUAAAUUUGCUCUUGUACUUACCCUGAUGAGGACAGUUGGCUUUGA